UUAUAAAAAUAAAUAAGUUUUAAUUAUACCGAAAUAAUUUAAUUAUUUGGUAUUUAUUAUGGAUUGCAAUGAAAAUAAUCAAUUUGGAUGCCUACCAAUUGAGAUAUUAAUAGAAAUAUUUAAAUAUUUAACAUUCGAUGAUAUUCAAUCAGCAUCAUUAGCAUGUCGUCAAUGGAUGUUGGCGUCUGAAUAUGAAGAAUUUCAUAAAAAAUUAGUUCUUAGAUUUUCUAAAAUUAUUUUAUCAGAUUUAUUAACGCCGGCUAAGACAUUUAUGAAUAGUACAAGAUCAUUUCCUAAUGUUAUAUUUGAAGAAAUUGCUGUAGAAAAUUGUAAAAAAUUUUUAAAAAAUAUUGGUGAAAAUGGAGUAAGGUCAAUUACAUUUCAUUCUCAACAAUUAACAUCAAAGGAAUUUUGCUAUAUUUUAGAAAAUUUGAUAGAACUAAGAGAACUAAAAAUCACUGAAACCUCGAAAAUUUUAAAAGAUGAAAAUUUUUUAAUAGAUUCAAAUGAUAUAAAUAAAAUACGUCCAAUAAUAAAUAACUUAAAAUCGAUAAAAAUAUCAGUUCCAACACCAGAAAUUUAUUCUAUACAACGUUUAUGUAGCCUAAUAAAUGGUGGUUUGGAAGAAUUUGAAAUAAAUUUCGAAUUUAGUUAUCAUUUAAAUGAUACAAAAAUUGUGGGAAAUGUUUUACGGCAAAUUAUUUAUGAAAAUGCUGCAACACUUAAAAAACUAAGUUUAAAACAUAUUGUAGACACAAAUGAUUUUAUAUCUUCUAUAACAGUUUUUAAUAAUUUUUAUUUAACGAGUUUGCGUUGCAUAGAUGUUUCACCAUGGCGCUCUCUAAUCAUUUUUAUUUCAACUCAGAACACAUUAAAAGAAUUAGACUUAAGUUAUUCAGAUCAAGUAACAGACGCACAUAUUAAAUUAUUAGUUAAAUUUAUAAUUAAUUUAGAAAAAUUAAUAUUAGCUAAAUGUAUAAAUUUAUCUGACAGAAGUUUAUAUGCUAUUGAUGAAACACUAAAAAAAUUACGUGUAUUAGAUAUAUCAAAAUGUGAUCGUAUGACUUGUUACGCAGUCAAUGAAACCAUUGUGGCAAAAAGAAAUUUAAAAAUGAAAGAAUUAUUUUUAUCUGGAAUGGAAAUUAACACAUCAUGCAUUGUAAAAUUAUGCAGAAAUUUACCAAAUUUAAAAGUUUUAGAUUUAUCACAUUGCAUGGGAAUAAAUAAUGGAACAGUUCAAAGAAUAAUUAUGGAACUCGAUGAAUUAAAUUAUUUAAAUUUAGAAGGCUGUAAAUUGAUAUCGGACUUCGCAUUGACUGGGCUAAAUAUUGAGACAAAUAAGGAAGAAGGAUUUUCGAUUGGCCGUUUGAAGCAUUUACAAUAUUUAAACAUAAAAGGAUGUAAACUUAUAACUGAUAUAUCUUUUAUAAAAAAUAUUAAACUUGUAGAAUUAAAAACGUUGUGCUUACCAAAUAUAGCUAUAUGUGCGUCAGAUAUAAAAUUACUAUCAACAAACUGCCCAUCAAUUGUUAACUUGGAUUUGUCGGAAUGCCAAACUAUGGAAAAUGUAGAUAAAGUAAUGGACGCUUUCAAUUAUUUUAAAAGAUUAAGAAAUUUUCAAUUUUAUAAAUUUCAAAUCGAUUUUAUGUGUGCUGUAAAAUAAAGAUUUUU